AUCCCUUUUUCGAACGGCAGGAAAAAUUUUCAGUGAGCAUUUGAGUGUCCGAACGAACGAACGUCUUCUUCCGAGGAAAAUUCCACACGAGAACCACCCCUUUGUGACUGUGACUGACUGACUGUGUGUGUUUGUGUUCGCUUUUGGGGCCCUUUUUGGUGUGAAUCAUUUUGUGAAUCAAGUUGGCCAGGAGGAAAUUCGUUGUUUUAAUUACUGCCGCGAGCGAAAAGCACGGAGGGAAAUUAGCAACGACGGCAAGAAGGAUGUAAUUAUAAUCGCUCCCGGUCUACCAUUAUUGUAAUGCACCAAUCCGCAAAACGCAGACGAAGAAGAAGAACAAAAGUGGAACCGACUUUUCGACGUCGUCGGUGAAUCAUUGAUGAGGACCUAAGUGAGAAAGCUCCCGCCCCGACAAAACAAGACGAAAAAGAAGAAAAAAAACUCACCGUCGAAAGAAGCCUAAGAACAAGAAGAAAAAAACGCCUAAUUGCCAUCGCCAUGAAAAAGAUUCCGCCCACCUCGGGCGAGACGCUGCGAGCGUGGCUGUUGUCGGCCCUCGUGGUCCACGGAGCGGUCGCCGGUAAUCCGGACGCGAAACGCCUCUACGACGACCUGCUCAGCAACUACAACAAGCUGGUCCGGCCCGUGGUGAACACGUCGGACGUGCUGCGGGUCUGCAUCAAGCUCAAGCUGUCCCAGCUGAUCGAUGUGAACCUUAAAAAUCAAAUUAUGACCACAAACCUUUGGGUCGAACAGUCCUGGUACGACUACAAGCUACGCUGGGAGCCGAAGGAGUACGGGGGCGUGCAGAUGCUGCACGUCCCGUCCGACCACAUCUGGCGCCCGGACAUUGUGCUGUACAACAAUGCUGACGGUCAUUAUGAAGUAACGCUAAUGACUAAAGCAACAGUUUAUAAUACUGGUCUAGUAAUUUGGCAGCCACCUGCAGUGUACAAAUCGUCGUGUUCAAUCGAUGUUGAAUAUUUUCCAUACGACGUACAAACGUGUGUCUUAAAGCUAGGAAGCUGGACCUAUGACGGGUUUAAGGUUGACCUGCGGCACAUGGACGAACAGACGGGCAGUAACAUUGUGAACGUCGGAGUCGAUCUGUCCGAGUUUUACAUGUCCGUAGAGUGGGACAUCCUGGAAGUGCCGGCCGUGAGAAACGAAAAGUUCUACACCUGUUGCGACGAGCCCUACCUGGACAUUACGUUCAACAUUACGAUGCGGCGGAAAACGCUCUUCUACACCGUCAACAUCAUAAUCCCGUGCAUGGGCAUCUCGUUCCUGACCGUGCUCACGUUCUACCUGCCGUCGGACAGUGGCGAGAAGGUCACGCUAUCCAUCUCGAUCCUGAUUAGUCUCCACGUGUUCUUCCUCCUGGUCGUCGAAAUCAUUCCGCCAACGUCCCUAGUCGUGCCUUUGCUGGGAAAAUAUUUGAUAUUCGCUAUGAUCCUGGUUUCGAUAAGUAUAUGCGUCACGGUGGUUGUUCUGAAUGUUCACUUCCGGUCACCGCAGACGCACCGAAUGGCACCGUGGGUCAAAUCGGUUUUCAUCGAUUUUCUACCCCGAUUUCUGUUCCUGAAGCGACCGAAUUACAUCGAAAAUCACAGAAAAUUGUUACCAAAAGAACCACACGCUUGCUUUUAUCCUUAUUAUUCGACCACCACAUUAAAUCGCGUAGCUCGUUUUCAUAAUAGGACAUCAUCAAAAGAUGAUCUAUCUCCGCUAAGCCUGUCAGGAACGGGCCCGUUCGGUGGCAGCUGCCAGAUUCACGGUCCCGCCCUCGGGAUGCCGCACUCCGAGUCGGAGGAGCUGUCGCUGUCGACGGCGGCCGACACGGCCGUCCCGUCCGGCAUCAAGAGUCCCGUGUUCAAGCAUCCGCCCUUUUCGCACUCGAGCUGCCCGGUGGAGAUGCACCGGAGCUGCUUCUGCGUGCGGUUCAUCGCGGAGCACACCAAAAUGCUCGAGGACUCGACGAAGGUCAAGGAGGACUGGAAGUACGUGGCCAUGGUGCUGGACCGGCUGUUCCUGUGGAUCUUCACGCUGGCCGUGGUGGCCGGGACGGCCGGCAUCAUCCUGCAGGCGCCGACGCUGUACGACGACCGAAUACCGAUCGACAAAACGUUCGACGACUUUGCCACCUCGACCGUGGUCCGUUGCCCGCCGCAAUAGCAGCCUGCAGGGCUGGUGGUUUGCGGCCUGCUGGCGGCUAUUGUUUUCGUGUGCGCCGUCGGAAUGAGUGCCUGCGUGGUGAUGUACGAGAAGACGCUGGUGGUUCGCGGCAGGUUCUUUUGAGCUGUUCUGGUUUUUUUUUUGAGUUUGGCUCUCUCACUUUCUCUCUGCAGCUGAUUUGCUCAAUAACACACACACACUACCGUUACUGAUUUGUGAUCAAAGUUUGAAGGGUUAGCGCGCAUCAGCACGAACGCUAGUACGGGUGAGUUCACGCUGAGCUCUGGUAUGGCACGAUUGGUUCGCGAGGCGGUUUAGGUUUCAUACGUCAAACUGCCUGUUUGAGCGCAAAGGCGUU